CAUCACUAGCUUGACUUUUAUGCGAAGUCCACAGGUUUUAUUUUUUGACCGACCAGAAUCAAGAAACGAAUUCACAUGAACAUUCGGAUUCUUGAAGAAACUCCUACCACCGUCGAGCCAAAUGAACCGUCCGCACGCGCUGAAAGCGUUUUGUUCGGGAACGUUUUGUUUCUACUACUGUACACGAGCGAGGACUGAAGAAGCGGUAGGAUGUCAAAUGCUACAGAUGAUGUCAACUCGUAUCCACACGUACGUGUUUGGGCAGCGGGAGUUUCUUUGAUCAUUUUGGCUUUUUUCAACUUGAUCAUCAACUGGACCAUAGUGCGCGAGGUGCGUCUGCGGAGCCAUGCGCGCUUCGUCCUCGUGUUCCAUUUGCUGUUCUCCGCGCUGGUUUACUUCGCAGUCAGCUUUAGCUUUAACUUACAAAGUUACCUGAAAGCAGCGACCAGGCCAACCAUAUGUCUGGCGCUAAUCAAAGGUCUGAUGACAAGCGGCUCCAAUAUCAUCCUCACCAUCACGGCGAUGGCGCUGGACCGUUAUUUUGCCAUAUGUUACCCGCUCCACUACAGCAAAGUCUGUUUUAAACCCUGGCCAUGGCUCAUCGGGAUCCUAACAUGGGGACUGGCGUUGAUUAUUCCUCUCACCCUAUCACCCAAAAUAGAAAAUGGCACUGUGUCAUGUGGAAGAAAAUCUUUGCGAGGCGGAGAAAUGCACAAAAUCGUUUUAAUAUCCAUCUGUACUGUUCUUAUCGUGUACAGCUAUGUACGGAUCUUAUGUGAGGGGCGUCGUCUGGGUGUGUUGAACCGGCGCAACCGGGCUGCUUGUAAGACUAUCGCUCUCCACGGCACGCAGCUGGCCGUCUUCAUCCUCCCGAAUUUCAUACUGUUUUUGCUGCAUAUCCUUAAAAGCAAAGAAUUACUCGAGAGUUCCACAAAAGAGCUUUUUGCUGUCAUAAGUUUCGCUUUCUUCAGCCUGGCGCAGUGCAUUGCGCCGAUAGUAUACGGACUGCGUAAAGAGGAACUACUGGAACAUCUUAAUCACCGGUUCCCGUGUUUAUCCGUCCAGUUGAAACGCAUUUUGGAGUGGACUGUCAACAUCACACAUCCCAAUCGGCGUCGCCAGCAAAGGGAGCGGAGAAUGACUUCAGAGACUUUAUUAUCAAGAGAGAUCUCACAGACGACUGUGUGACAUCUUUGGAUUAAGAUGGAUUUGGAUUUUCUUUUUUACAGAGACUGGGAUUUUUUGUUGAGAAAACAAACUUGUGACUUUCAGAAAACUGAGAAUUUCUAUUGUUCAAGACAUGAAUUCAUUAAGUCGGACUAUAUUACAGCAACUACAUGGUGUUCAAGAAUUAAUUUUGCCAAAUGGAGAGCUGAAGAUUAAGUCAACUGUGAUUUUUAAAUGAACAUUAACUGUAAAUAGUACCAGUGACAUAUUGUCAUGCGAACCAGUAACAAUUGUGCAGCAAGGAUCAGAAUUCUUACUUUUCUAAUAGCUAUACCAAUGUCUUCUCUCUUGUAUCCUUUGUACUGGCAAAACUUAACAGUAUUUCGCAGUCAUAUACAUAUAAGCUAAUGACCCAAGUAAACAAACUAAACUUGACUGUGAAACAGGUUCAGUUGUAAUGUAUGUGUUGUUAAACUGGUGGCAGGUUUGUAGUAUUUGAUAUAUGGUUUGUAACCACUGCACCUUGAGUUGUCAAGACACACUGGCUUAAUAAGGUCACUAAUGCUCUUUUACGGUUUCCUGUAAACUGUCUAUUUACAAUAUAAUACUGCAUUCACAGGCUAAUGCACUGGUGAAAGGCCAAAACGUUCGAUUCUGUGAAAUUUCAAAUACUGUUAAGCACUGCAACAUAUAGUGAGUAUUUAUAAUUACAACAGGCCAGUGCAGCUGGAUUGUUAACAGGUGUUUUUUGUAUGUUUGCUUUAUUAGUAAUUACAUGCCUUAGGGGAAAUGCAACAGAAAAUGAAAGGGAAAAAAAUCAUUUAAAAUAAAUGGCUUUACAAAAAAAUCCAACAGGAGGAACAAACAUACAUCUCUCACAGGCAUCAUACAUCUGUGUAAUUUCUAAAUUACAGACGUUUAUGUGAUAUUGGCCAUUUUUAAUAAAGAUCUUUUGUAUUUAUGUUAA